GCGCAGCAGCCGUCGUCGCCGGCGAGAUGGGCGUCAAGGGUUUGACGAAGCUGCUGGCGGACCACGCGCCCAAGGCGAUGAGGGAGCAGAAGUUCGAGAGCUACUUCGGCCGCCGCAUCGCCGUCGACGCCAGCAUGGUCAUCUACGGCUUCCUCAUUGUAGUUGGAAGGACUGGGGCGGAAAUGCUUACAAACGAAGCUGGUGACAUCACCAGUCAUGUGCUAGGUAUGUUCAACCGGACUAUAAGGUUGCUCGAGGCAGGAAUUAAACCAGUAUAUGUUUUUGAUGGCAAGCCUCCUGAGAUGAAGGGUGGAGAGCUUGCAAAAAGGUACGCAAAGAGGGCGGAUGCCACCGAAGAGCUGAGCAAGGCAGUAGAGUCAGGAGAUGCAGAAGCAAUUGAAAAAUUCAGCAAGAGAACUGUAAAGGUAACUAAGCAGCACAAUGAGGAUUGUAAACGACUACUAAGACUGAUGGGUGUUCCUGUUGUAGAGGCUCCUUGUGAAGCUGAAUCACAGUGUGCUGCCCUUGCCAAAAAUGACAAGGUGUAUGCCGUUGCAUCAGAAGAUAUGGACUCACUUACUUUUGGAGCUCCACGGUUUGUUCGUCAUUUGAUGGAUCCAAGUUCCAAGAAAAUACCUGUUAUGGAAUUUGAAGUGUCGAAAAUUUUGGAGGAGCUUGAAUUCACUAUGGACCAAUUCAUUGACUUGUGCAUCCUCUGUGGAUGUGACUACUGUGAUAGCAUUAAAGGUAUUGGGAGUGUAACAGCUCUGAAGCUCAUUCGCGAACAUGGGUCCAUCGAGGGCAUUCUGGAAAAUAUUAAUAAAGAGAAAUAUCACAUUCCUGAAGACUGGCCUUAUAAAGAAGCUCGCCGCUUGUUUAAGGAACCUGAUGUUACUUUGGAUAUUCCUGAGCUCAAAUGGACUGCACCUGAUGAGGAGGGCCUCAUUAAUUUUCUUGUGAAAGAAAGCGGUUUCAAUCAAGAUCGCGUGACAAAGGCCAUAGAGAAGAUUAAGUCGGCGAAGAAUAAAUCAUCACAAGGAAGGCUCGAGUCAUUUUUCAAGCCAACUGUUAGCACAUCAGUGCCAUUGAAGCGGAAGGAAACUUCAGAGAAACCAAGCAGCGCAGCGGCAAGCAAGAAAACAAAGUCGACCCGUGGAAGGAAGAAAUAAGUCGGAUGUGCAAAGUGAACAACAAAAUCUGCAGUUGAAUUCUUAUCUUAGUUAGAUCGUUAACCUCGUACCGUGUAACUCAGACCUUUGUUCCAAGGUUAGGUUAAUUAGUGACUUGGGAGAGGCGAAAUGUGCUCCAUGUUUGUUUAUCUGCUGACGGUUGGUUGUAUGGCCGUACCUAUUUCUCGAGUGUAAUUCAGCUUUGCAUUUCUUA